UGCACAGGUGUCCGUUUACGUUCCAGUUUUUUUAACAACUCCAAACGUUUCGCUCGUUCUGUCUAAUCGUUUUUGACGUCGAAAUGAUAUUAAUAAAUAAUAAUAUAUAUAUUAGUAUAAUAGACAAAGAUUUGCUGAAACGUUCGACCGUGUAGAUGAUAUUAUAAUAACAAUAAUUUUUUUAAAUAUUUUAACGGAUUGCCGUUGUGUAGUAUAAUACUGUGUUGUUUCGGCGAAAAUAUAUUUUCAAUAGUGUGGUUUUCUGGUAAUAAACGAGUGCCUCUCCCGUCGUAUGGAUUCCAGUCGGCGCGAUGGCUUAUGUCGUUUGGCGAGUUUUCCGCAAAAAAUACAUGAAAGUCCGAAACGGUCUAAGUCUGAACGGCCUGGCGACCGCCGAGAGUAUGUUCGAGCCCGAUUCGGACCGGUGUCAGAGCCCUUCGUCGGCGGUCAACCAUUUCUGCCGGCAGUUUUCGUUGAAGAAGUCUAAAAAAAAAUCGUCGACCAAAGGCGGCGGCGGCGGCCACUAUUGCCGGACUACUUGCGCCGCUCGGGUGUCGCACACGCAAUGGCUGGUGGCCGAUCAUUUCGUCAGCGAACUGGAACCUCGAGAACACGUGUCCGUAGUACCGGAACCGGGCUACUUGGAUGCAACGCCGGUGCUGCCGGACGUCCCUUCAGAAAUCCUAGAUCCGGCGGCUAUCAGAAGUCCAGUCGCCACUCACAUACAAGAACACGUUCAAAGAACAUAUACAGUUCAAGAACUCGUCGACGAGUCAAUCGGACCGUUUUACGUGAACUAUGAAAAAACGCGUGCAGUUCUUGUGAGACAGGCCAAGCAGCUGUUGGAAACUGUUUACAAAUCCGAUAUCGACCAUUUUCACCGGCAUUUUUGUAUUCCUGCCAGUGAGAUCCUAAAAAGGGUCGUGGAGACGUUCGACAACAUUCAGUGUUGCGAUGCGUGUACAGGGUGGCCACUCUCCCACGGCCGGCAAGGCGUGCUAACUCACUUGGCGGCACCCACUUUUAGCGCCGCUGCGUCGGACGCUUACCUUCUGCUCGACGUCGCCCAGAUCGGGCUGACGCUGAACUGGGUAGGCGCGGGUGCCCGGCUGAGUGUCCGUCUAUCCACGGACUCGUCCGCCAUGUUGGCCGACGACUUGGAACAGUUGAGCACCACUCUCAAGCAUUUGGUGGCUGUGGUCGACCGUUCGGUGCAUCGCGUGCCCCUCGACCGUAUCGUGUAUCCGUGCAACGGGUGCCUGGACAGGGCGUGCGCUGGCACAACGGACAGCUCGACGGCGGCCGUGACGGACAACGUCGAACACGAACAUAACGCGUUUGACGCGGAUAACUCGAUACCGCACAUCGAUUCGGACCCGGAGGACUCGACGCAAGACAAACGCACCGAUAACGACGUGACUAUAGCUAUGAUGAAUCACAAUCGUCAGACGACUACGGCCGUCCGAGUACCGAAGUCGAUUCGCGACAUCCCAGAAGACAUUCUCACGUCCGGAGUACAAUUUCCAGGAACUACCGAUCGUCAGGGAAACGCGGUGGUAUUGUGGACUGAAGGUCAGACUGGCUUGCGUUCAGAGACUUCAACGUCUGACGUCAGCAUGGCAGAGCUCAUAUUGUACUAUGCUUCUUUGAGAAAUAGAAACGAUAGAAACUCCUCGUUGACCAUUUUGGUGCAUGAAAGCAGUUGCACUACCAUAGACUUUGUCGAUCGUGUGUUGGUUUUUAUAAAACACCAAGUCCCAGUGGAUAAAGUAGUUUUUUGCACGAAGCGACACUCCGAAGGAAAUACACUGAAGCACAGCCAAAUUCGAUGUUACGCCGUCAACUCGUACAACGGUCUUUUAAAGUUCUUCGAAGACAACCAAAUACCGUCGUCUUGCGGUGGCCCAUACGAACACAACCAACUCGAAUGGGUCAAUUUCUACAAGGAAUACGAGAGACUGACUUAUUCGUGUCAAGUUAUCGGUAAUCGACUGGUUGCGGCCUUAACGUACAUAGGCGAUGAUCAACAAGAACGCACUGCCAUAUCAAAAUUCCUAGACGAUAACGAAACUAAAAAUGUACUCCGAGAUGCAAGACGGAGUAUGGAAGUACUAGAACAACAUUCGCGAUGGUUAAACGACGACAGAUUUGUCAUGUCGAGUUUCGAAGACAUAAAGAAAGCUCAUUGUGAAAUCGAAGGAGCUGCAAUCCAACUUGAAGAUCUUCUGUCGAUUAAAAAAAAGAAGUUGAUUCAGGCGGCCAGAGUUCGUGCUUUAGAAACGGAAACCCACGAGGUCAUAUCGUGGUUAACCAACAAAGGGGAGCACACAUUGGAGCAGCAUGCGGACUUGGCCAACAGCUUGCCGGCUAUUCGGCAGCAAGAGCAAGAUUUCGAAAAAUUUUACUUUGUUUCUAUGCAAAAUCUCGACAAAGCCGGAGAUCUUCUGGAAGAGGCCGGCCAAUGCAGUGGAGGCGCCAGUCUAAAAGAUUUGGCUAAAUCACUAAAACAGCAUUUGAGAGGUUUCAGCGACCGAUUAGAAGAAACACGCGAAAGACUCGAAGAUACGUCACGUUGUUUUUACUUGCUUGAUAAGGCGUACGAUUGGGCUUUGGAAUGUAUGAAAUACAUAUCUGAAAAGCACGACACACGUAACGUCAAAGAACUUCGAAGGUAUUUAAUGGCACAUCCGUCUCCGACCGCUCAACAUUUUUCGGAGAUGAUGGUGUUAGCCAACAAGCUCAACAACGAUAAACUGAUCAAACAGUGCAAGGUGGCUAUGGUAAGAUGCGAAGAGACUAACGACCAACUCAAGCACCUGUUAGGUCCGGAAACGUUUCCCACCAGCACUCCACUGCCGUCCCGAAGGACUUCUGCCCCCGAACCACGUAUACCGUCCAACGGUAACACGACCCCGGUGGACAGCCAUCAGUGCGGUUGGACGGGAGUUGCCGAAGAGAACUGUUUUUGUGAGACCGACCGUUUGGCGCUCAGCCACAUCCCGUCCGCGAAUUGGACUUACAAUGACGAAGAAGAUGAGGAGAAACUGAGCUGUUCCCAUACGACCGAAGGAAGCGAUGAAAAUAAAAGCAAUGAAGAAAUCGACGAAGCCAAUUGUCCGGAUCCCGGAUGCAACACAAACCAGAGUUUACCUCCCCUAUCCGUUAACAGUCAUCUGCACCACAUGUCCAACUUACAGUUAAACAUGGAUUGCGGUACGCAGACUUUAAAAUUACAAAAGACCGUGAAGUUGAUCAUGAGGGAGAUGAUACAGACGGAACGCGAUUACGUCAAAUCCCUUGAGUACGUCAUAGAGAACUACAUACCGAUGCUGCUGAAAGAAAACAUCCCACAAGCGCUACGCGGUCAACGCAACGUGAUUUUCGGUAACAUCGAGAAGAUCUAUGAAUUUCACAGUCAGCAUUUCCUAAAGGAGUUGGAGAGACACGAGAACUGCCCGCUGCAAGUGGGAGAAUCUUUUCUAAAACACGAAAAAAAAUUCUACUUGUACGCGUUGUACAACAAAAAUAAACCCAAUUCCGAUUCACUGAUGUCCGAAUACGGUUCUGCAUUCUUUAAAGCAAAACAAAACGAACUUCGCGAUCGGAUGGACUUGGCCAGCUACCUACUAAAACCCGUGCAGAGGAUGGGCAAGUACGCGUUGCUUUUGCAACAGCUGAUGAAAAUGGCCAAAGGCGAAACGGAGUACCUACGGCAAGCCGAGAGUAUGGUCAGGUUCCAGUUGCGGCACGGUAACGAUCUACUGGCCAUGGACUCGCUACGAGAAUGCGACGUCAACUUGAAGGAACAGGGGCGGCUUUUGAGACAGAACGAGUUCCUAGUGUGGCAGGGCAAAGGGAAAAAGUGCCUGAGACAGGUGUUCCUGUUUGAAGAACUCAUACUGUUCAGUAAAGCCAGGAGAUUCCCCGACCAAACGAAUCUGGACUUGUACGUGUAUAAGAACAGUAUAAAAACAAGCGAUAUCGGGUUUACCGCAAAAGUCGGCGACAGCAACACCAAGUUCGAAAUAUGGUUCCGCAAACGCAAACCGGGUGACACCUAUACGUUAGUGUCUAUGUCCGAAGACAUUAAGCAAGCCUGGACCGACGAGUUGUCCAACCUAUUGUGGAAACAAGCGCUCAGAAAUAGAGAGGUAAGGCUGGCGGAGAUGUCUUCGAUGGGUAUUGGCAACAAACCGUGUUUAGACAUCCGACCAAGUGCGGAUCAGAUCAAUGACCGAUCCAUUACCUUUGCGCAGCUCAGUAAAACUGCCCCAAGAUUCCGUAACUCCAUAGUGGCUUUACCUUCGGACAUAGAACCCAACACCAAGCGGCCACACUCAAUAAUUUCAAUGAGUGGCAGCAGCUCGAGUAGCAACAGCAGUGGCGGCAGCAGCAGUGCGAGCUGUCGUAGCAGCGAAGGCGCUCGACAAACUAGCCAGUGUUCCAGCCAGUCGACCGAAAGCGGCAUCGUGGCCGAUUGGUAUAGCCGCAACAGCCAUUCGGGUAGCGUUGCUUCCGAUACACUACCGCCCAACAAGGGACAACAGGUUACGACUACUACUUCAGAUACUACCACAGCGCAAAGGCUGUCGGUAAAACUGUAAAUAACAGUCCGGCUUACAAAUCAACCACAAAUAGGUUCAUUUUAUUAUUAUUCCCAAAGGAAAUCAAUAGUUACCGGAUUCAUCCACACAUAUAAUUUCUUGUAGACGCUCUAUGGGAAACUUCAUUGUUAUUAUUAUAUUAUUAUUAUUUUUUUUUUUUUUACAAAACACAAUUGAAAUCUAUAAUUACUAUAGCUUAGUUUAUAACGGUUAGAUAAGUAUACCUUUUUUUUGAGGUUAAUUUAAGAUAUUUAUUGUUAUUAAUAUUAGUGGUACAAGAUAGAACCGUGUUUUCCGGUAAUGAAGUUUGUUCCAAAACUGAUUAUUAUUGUAUUAAAAGAAAAUUUAGACCACGCCUAAUACUUCUAUAUAAAAGAUCUCUUUCGACUUUUCUUGCUUAAUCUAUCCUAAAAAUAGACGUAACGUUCUCUCACUUAACAUUUUCAAUAUUGUAUUUUUGUUUUAACUAUCAACAUUUUAACGUAUUUUUCAUUUAAACUAAAUUUCUGACCAUUUUUAAAAACAAAUGUCAUUUGCAUAUUAUAAUUUAAUCAUGUAUCUAGCUGCAGAGAAUCUAUAAAUUAUGUUUACUGUAUGUGUUUUAUAAAUGAAUCCAGUACCACUAUCGCUGACAAAACUUUGAAUUUGUAUUAUAAUUACCUAAGUGCUAAACAGUAACAAAUGGUUUAAAACCAUAAGCUUAAACAUAACUUAAAUGAGGGAGUUUAUUAAUCCAGCUCAACAAAUUCAUCAUUUUGCCAUCAUCACCUCGACAUUCGUUUUUAAAACACUUAUUGUUCAAAUUUUGUUUUGGCUUACAACAUUGGUAAGAUAAUUUAUAAUACAAUUAUUUAUAAUCAUUGUUUAUAUUUAUUGAUUUUUAAAAAUGUAAAACUAUUUAUUAGCAUAUAACGAAAACAAUAUUUUAAAAUUCAUCUUUGUAAAAUAUUACAACAUAAUUUAAUUUUUACAACAAUUUUCGCACGUUUAUUACCUAGUAGAUAUGUGGAGGAUGCAUGUACUUUUGAGUUUAUUUAAGUUUACUUUUUGAGUAUACUAGAAAAAACAUUUUUGAAUAUAAUUAUAUUUAGGUAAUUUUAUUAUUGCAUUUUCCUUUCUUUUUUAAAUAUUUGUUUAUUGAAAAGUAGUAGAGUAAGGUCAAUUGAGUUUACUCGAUUUAAUAUUUAUAUUGUAUCAAAGUAAUUAGGUGUAUCAAAGAACUGAUUUUACAGGGUGUCAUGCUUUUUUUAUAUUAGCCAAUUUAAAUAUUAUCUGAUCAGAAAAAAUAUGAAUUAAUAAAUAAUAUAAUGUGAUGUUAAAAGUGCCUUAUACACUUAAAAACAAUAUAUAAAGACUUGAGAUAUUAAUAACAGUUACUAUUGGUAAGAGUUUUCUUUUAUAAAAA